GCAUUGCCCCCGUGUCGAAACUAGCGAAAAUGCCCGGACGUUGACAACUCGUACACCUGACCCUGACAAGUUAGCACGCCGACGGUCGAUUAGGUACACGAAAGCAUUGCCCGUGACGAAGGUACACGAGGACGCUGCCAGUGUCUAA